GGAAGUGAGCAUCGCUGUUCUCGCUCCUCCGUUCUCUCUUCCCGCUGCAUGACAAGACCCUUAGAAUGUGAUCCGUCUCUCCUGCCACGAGAGAUAUUUAACAUUUUUACAUGUAUUUUCUCUUCGAAUACCCGUCUUGGCUUCUGAUUCUGUUCUUAAACUGAGUAACAUUUUGGCAUGUGAAACUGCUGUCUCACUAUCAACUCGCCCUCAGAUGGUUCAGAUCACCGACGGCGGCACGCGAUCAGGAACGGUACACCUGCACUAAACAAGACCAACCGUUCACUAAGACAAGACCGCUCUACAUUCCUGAAUACUUCACCGCCUGACGUCGACGCGGCUUACCUCAGCCAAAAAGGUCCAGGAUGCUGAGUGUAGGCCUUGUGUCUGGACUGCCGGCUCUUCUUGCUGUCCUUCUGCUCCACUCACUGGGCCAUGGCGUGAGCAGAGCAGACACUCUGGUGAACAUGCGCAAGGUGACCCACCAGGUCAUGCGGGAGCAGCUGGCGGGCACGGCCUUCCUGCCCUGCAUCUUCACCCUGCGGCCCAGCCCCUCGCACGAGCCCCCCCGCAUCAAGUGGACCAAGAUCUGGGGACAGAGGGGCCCGGGCGGGGUUCAGCGGGAGCAGUCCGUGCUCGUGGCCAAGGACAACGUGGUGAAGGUGAAAAAAGCCUUCCAGGGCCGCGUCACCCUGCCUGGUUACCAGGACAACCGCUACAAUGCCACCCUGGCGCUGACAGGCCUGCGCUCCAGCGACUCGGGCAUGUACCGCUGCGAGGUGGUGGUGGGCAUUAAUGACGAGCAGGACACAGUGCCUCUGGAGGUGACAGGUGUGGUGUUCCACUACCGUGCACCUCAUGACCGCUAUGCCCUGUCUUUUGUGGAGGCCCAACGGGUUUGCCUGGAGAAUUCAGCUGUGAUUGCCACACCUACACAACUGCAAGCCACUUUCAAUGAUGGCUACGAUAAUUGUGAUGCUGGGUGGCUUUCAGACCAAACAGUCAGGUACCCAAUCCAGUCGCCAAGGCCUGGUUGCUAUGGUGACAAAGAGGACUCACCUGGUGUGAGGAACUAUGGCAAUAGGGCCCCUGAUGAGCUGUUUGAUGUCUACUGCUUUGCCCAGCAACUGCAAGGUGAGGUGUUCCACACCACAGUGCCAGAGAAACUGAGUCUGGCCACAGCCUCCACCCACUGUCACUCACUGGGUGGCCAGCUGGCCACCGUCGGGCAGCUCUACCUGGCCUGGCAGGCAGGGCUGGAUCGCUGUGACCCUGGCUGGCUGGCUGAUGGCAGCGUGCGCUACCCCAUCAACCAACCGCGACGAAACUGUGGGGGGGAUGAGCCUGGAGUCCGCACACUCUACCACAACCCCAAUCGCACCGGCUUCCCUGACACCACUGCCCUUUUCGACGCCUACUGCUACCGAGGGAAAAAGGCAGGAGAUCAGGUAAAACAAGCUGUGGGAUUCCUUCAAUCCAGGGACUCUGCAUUCAAUGCCACAGAUGGAAGGCAGAAUCCUGGCUCUGUCUCCCAGGACACCUUGCCCCUGCCAGACCCCCAGCCCUCCACCUGGACUGGCCUAGUUGACCUAGAGAAGGAAGGGAUCAACUCUAUCGCUGGGAAUCAGUCAUCAGAGAUCUCAGAGGAGCACGUGGUGAUCCACCUCAGGCCAGGAGACACUGCCUUACGCUGGGGUGAGCAGGUGAAUCCGGUCCCCAGUGACCCCCAGGAGGCUACCGCUCCAAAAAUCUCCACUCUAACAGGCCUGUCCGCUCUGGAGAGCCUGGAGAACCAUGGGGGCUCAGCUAAAGAGGAAGAGGCAGAUGAGGAUGAGGAAGCUGACUCCCGGUCAGGAUCUUCUGUUUCUCCAGUGUCCUCUGUCCCCUCUCCGACUCCACAGGCCCAAACCAACAGCGUAUUCUCCAACUUUGUGAACUCCAUCAUGAGGCCCUGGAGGUACUGGACUGGCUCUUCUGAGGUGGACAUUCAAGCAACACCCACCAGCCCAACAAAGAAGAGCUUGGUGGACAUCCAGAAGUCGGUGGGGACAGGGAGGGGAAAUCCAGCAGGAGGGAAGCUGGAGGCCAGGAACAAGAGCACCAACAAUGCCAUCAUGGAUCCCUUCAGAGAAGAGGCUUCAGUCAGGUCAUCUGACAGUAGCCCAGCAGGCUCAGACAAGGAGCUUUCAGAGCGGGAGAGGGAAGUAGUCUUGGAGCCGAGGAAAAGCAACACAGCUACAAAAACCAGCCUGGUGAAUCCCAAUGGACUACCAACCAACUCUUCUUCUUCACUUCAGACCGGCUCUUCUGGUGCUGAGGACAACCCCUGCCACACCAACCCCUGUCUGCACGGAGGGAGCUGCCUGCCGGAGGGGAAGGGCUACAGCUGCUACUGCCCACCAGGAUACUCCGGGGAGAGCUGUGAGAUCGACAUUGAUGACUGCCAGUCGAACCCUUGUCAGAAUGGAGGCACCUGCAUCGACGAGAUAGACUCCUUCGUCUGCCUGUGUCUGCCAAGCUAUGGUGGAGCAACGUGUGAAAAAGACACAGAGGGCUGUGAACACAACUGGAGGAAGUUCCACGGGCACUGCUACAGGUACUUCACCCACCGGCACACCUGGGAGGACGCCGAGAAGGACUGCCGUGAGCACAGCGGACAUCUGGCCAGCAUCCACUCUCCAGAGGAGCAGGACUUCGUCAAUGGUCUGAGCCAUGAGAAUACCUGGAUUGGGCUGAAUGAUCGUACAGUGGAGGAAGACUUCCAGUGGACUGAUAACAUGGCAUUGCAAUAUGAGAACUGGCGGGAGAACCAGCCAGACAAUUUCUUCGCGGGCGGCGAGGACUGCGUGGUGAUGAUCGCCCAUGAGAACGGCAAAUGGAACGACGUGCCCUGCAACUACAACCUGCCCUACAUCUGCAAGAAAGGCACAGUACUGUGCGGGACGCCUCCCUCUGUGGACAACGCCUUCCUGAUUGGCCGGAAGAGGUCGCACUACGACAUCCACUCUGUGGUGCGCUACCAGUGCGCUGAUGGUUUCCUCCAGCGCCACGUCCCGACGGCCAAAUGCCGCGCCAACGGGAAGUGGGACCGCCCCAAGAUCCUCUGCACAAAGUCCCGAAGAUCCCACCGCUACCGCCGCCACCACCACAAGUCCCGGCGGGAACGCAGAAAGCACAAGAAGCACGGAGCAGGGGGCCACCGGGGUGGGGAGGAGGGUCACGGCCACUACUGAACCAAAAACCCUCGCUGCCCGCUGCAGUCACCCCGCUCCCUCCACCCCUCUCCUGCUCCAAGCCCCUCAUCCUGGCUCAGGGAGUCAGGCUGAAUCAUACUCAACUCUGAGGCUUGCGAGAGUACUGUCAGGCCUCACAGAGACAAUAACAGACCCUUUAUACACCUCCUUUUCUCCUCCUUUCUGUCUGUCACAUCUCCUUUUACUAAGUCUGCUUAGACCCUUUUUAAAA